AUGAGGCUUCCUCCCGCAACUACUUCGCUAUCCAAAUGCUACUCUAGUUCGAGGUACCUGAAAACUUUCUCUACGAGAAGGGGUUCUUCAAUGAAUCAGCUGGCAUCCAUACUCUCUGAAACUGCUUCAGGCUGGCGCCCAAGUCAGUCGCAGACCGCGCAAUGCUUCCCGCGCAUUCUCAGCCUCCAGGAAUGCGGAAGUGCAGCAGCCUCCAUGGAGAAGCACCAAAAGGAGAUCCGGUCAUCAAUCAUAGGACAUUGGAUCCGAGUCGCCUCUCGGACCACGAUUUCGUCUAUCUGA